CUGCAGCUGCAUCGGCCCGGGCUAUGCUGUGUGGUAUUUGCUCUGAGUCCCCAGCGGUCUGCAACGACGGCUCAGUCAUGUUGCCGCUGCGGGUAAUGACCUACAACAUCCUCGCAGAUGAGCUUUCCUCCAAUCUGGUGCCGCGCACCAUGGAGGAGCCUUCCAGCGAGGUGCUCCAAGAGAUUCUGGGCGAUGGGGCUGAAACGAAGUGGAGAGAAGUCGACAAGGCAUUGAACAACGAGUAUCGCAAGUGGCAUCCCAUGAAGACGUUGGUGACGAACCCACAGGGGUUGAAGAUGAAAUCCCGAGGACUGUGGGACCAAUUGGAUCUGACACUUCUGGAAGGAAAGGGCUGGCAGCUGGAUGGUGUUCACGUGGAAGAUCCCGUGACACUGGACGGUGGCAAGACCUUCCUUGGGGUCGUCCAACAGUACAUGACUCAGGAGCAAAGCCUCCAGCUCUACAAAGCCUUAGAAAAAGUGCACCUGGAAUCGCGCGCCUGGGAGGCUCGAGGGCCUCGAAUCUUAGAGAAGUUGAAGGUCUACCAACCAACAGUGGUGGCGCUGCAGGAAUACGAUGUUCACGAUCUGACCACCGGCUUGGGCACAUUUCGCCAAGCCCUGGAAGGCCUUGGCUACGAGGGUCUGGUCUUCCUGGGUCCCGGGCAGGAGAAGGUCGGUGUGGCGUUGUUCUGGCUGAAGAGUCGAGCCAAAUUGGAGAUGGAUUUGCCUGAAGACCGAAAGCUCCGCUGUGGCGCGAGCGCCAGCGGUUCCUAUGGCAACAUCGAUUUGGAGGAGCCUGGCUUAGAACGGCCUAUGGAUAGACGGCCCUUUGGCUAUGCCAAACUCUUGGUGGACGACGUUCAGCCGGUGCUCUGUUGUGUGACACACCUCAUGACCAGCUCAAGAGACAAAGAUGGUGCAGUGCGCAAGCAGGAGCUCCAGACAAUUCGCCAAAUCUUGGAAAGCCAGGCAGAAGUGAACUGCCCCGUGGUGCUUUGCGGAGAUUUCAAUAUCAACCUGCGCAGCGGACUAGAGGAACACAUCUUCGAAGGCACGGGACACUGCCGAGAUGAGACCCAGGCCGCACGCUUCCAUUGGCGCCGUGGCGACGGGGCCGAACUGCUGCUGAGAGACGCCUUUGAUGAUGUGAAUACCGACCCAGCAUCUUCAUCCACGCGCACUGGCACUAGACUGGAAACCAUUGAUUACAUUUUCUAUGACGAACAGUUCCUGCAGUCGCUAUUUGCUGAUCGUUCACUGUUGCAGUGCCCUAAAGAGGCGAUGCCCAACAAAGACGAGCCAUCGGAUCAUAUCCCAGUUGUCGCCACAUUUGUUCAGAGAUGAGGGCGUCCUGCUUCACCUGCAGAAUCCACAUAUGGGCCUGUCUGAACAUGAUGGAAC